AUGCAUCCGUGGGUAGCCAUCCUGGGCCUCAUACUCCUUCUGACAGAUGGUGUAACGUCUUACCCACGAGUGACUGGAGUGGUGGGUCAGUCUGUCAGGCUACCCUGCACCUAUGGUGGAGAAGUCACGAGCAUGUGCUGGGGCCGAGGGGCAUGUCCUUUAACUCGCUGCGGAAGUGACAUUAUCUGGACUAAUGGAUACAGUGUCACCUUUCAGAAGGACAAACGUUAUAAGCUAAACGGAAACAUUGGUGAAGGGGAUGUGUCUUUGACCAUAGAGAAUGCAGCCCAGGCUGACAGUGGCUUGUAUUGUUGCCGUGUUGAGAAGAGAGGGUGGUUCAAUGAUAUAAAAAUCACCCUAGACUUAAGUAUAAAGCCAGUAGCUUCUUUAUCUUCUCCUACGCAGAGAGCGGAAACCCAGCCUACCACACAGCAAGAAACAAAUAUAACCGGCUCACCAUCGCACUCUUGCUCAACAGAUGGGUAUGGCACUGUGACCCAGUCUCCAGAUGCCCUUUGGCAUAACAAUCAAACUCUUGUGACGCUGGCACAAGAUCCAUGGAUGAACACCAAUAAGGGAGUCUACAUUGGAAUCUGUGUUACUGCCUUGGUAUCAUUGCUCACAUUUUUGGUUUUCAUGAUUAGCAAAAGAUAUUUUUGCCUGAGUAGCAAGGUGGAGCUACUACGUGUGAUUCCGUUGAGGGACUCUCACAUUGGAGCUUUGAAAAAUGCAGCUCUGAAGCCUGUCCGAGCAGAAGACAAUAUCUACAUUAUUGAUGACCUUCAUUAA